GUUUUUGCGUAAUUAUCAAUUGAAUAGUACUUAUAGAGCAGGGUUUUGUUUAUUCCACUUGGACCAAGUUGGCAGCGCUGGGUUCCCGCUUUCGUGUCGUUGGAGAAUCGACGUGCCGCGCGCUGUGGAUCUCUUUCUACCUCACAGUGCGCGCGCGACGGGACGCACCUAUCGGCGUGUCGUUUCGUACCGAGUAAAAAGUCAAAUGGCGUAUUCGUCUUUGAAAAAUUUCAACGUUCGUGCAAGGUUGUCGUAAAAGUGAUAUUAUCGUAUUUUAGAUUAAGUGUAUUGCGAAAACCGCGAUCGGCGAUGUUCCGCACCAAGUUGGAGGUCGACAAACACGUUGACAACAGCCUGAAGAAGAUAAACAACGAGACCGAGCGAAACUUGAGAUGUUUUGCGUUCGCCAAGCUGUACUUUAGCGUCGGGGACUACGAGCAAACCGUUCGCUACGUCAGCUCCUACCUCAGUGUGAAGCCCAAGUCGCCCGAAGGCUACGGGUUGCUCGGUAAUGCGCUGGAGAAGCUCGGCAGGAAAGAGGCCGCCUUGGAGGCGUACAAAAAGAGCCUUCAGCAGGAGCCCAAGCAGAACAAUUUGAUCAUGAAAGUGUGUCAACUGAUGGCGGAGGACGACGUCGAGCUGGACCAGUCGGGGGCGCGGUACUUUUGCGAGCUCGCGCAGACGCUCGACCCCCGCGACCCCGCCAUUUUCACGUUGAAAGAGCGCCUGGUGGCGUGCGAGAGCGACGACCCGCGCGAGGUGACCCGCUUCCUCCUCGCGGAGCUCGAGAACAGGCCCGGAGACGUCGCCCUCCGGGUCCGACUGAUGCGUCACUAUCUGCGCAACGACAUGAUCGCGGAAGCGUACGAGCACGCCGCCGACGUGGAGGAGCGCCAACUCGGCGACUUCCACGCGAGCCCCGCGUGGUACGACGCCGUCGCCGAGGUGCUGGUGCGGUACGAGCGGCGCGCCGCGUCCCCGCCCCUCUCGUGGCAUUUUUGGCACCUGUCCGUCUCGGUACUCGACAAGAUGGCCGGUUUCGCGCUCGACGAGCACUCGCCGACCAGCACGACGGACUACGCCGAAUGCGUCUUCAACUUUGACCAGGUUCUGGCUCGCGCCACCGGCGACGCGGAGGCCGCGUGUCCGGACCCGACGUUCCGACGCCUCUUCCUCGACCACUACGAGGCGCAGCUCCACUUCCACCUCGCCGUGUUGGCCUUCAGGCAGGCGAAAAAGGGCCUCGUCGGUUUCAAGGAGUGCGCGGACUCGUGCCUGCCCGUGUGGCUCGUCGCAUACCAUUGCCCGCCUCCGGACUUGGACGGCGUGUGGUUCGCCGCCGCCCCCGAGAACACGCGUCGCACCGUCUGUCGGUGGCAUCGCGACGCCUCGUUUCGUUGCUCGCAAUCGGGUCACGUGGUGCUCGGGUGCGCGCCGAAGAACAGGCGCGGUGCGUUGAUGGAAAAGGCGUCGCGGAGAUGCGCGACGGGCGCGUCGUGGCGAGAGCGAUUCUUCAAGAGCGUCUUCGCGGGGAGCCAGAGACAACGCAAGGCGGCGACGAGCUUCUUCGUCGCGCGGAGCGCCGUCGAGCCGACGCUCCGCCUUCCGGACGCCGUAGACCUCGAGCGGUACGACUCGACCGCGCAGACCGCCCGCCCGGCCUCCCUCCACCACUACGUGUGGCUGUUGAAAGCCAACGAAGAAGACCCGACCGCCUUCCGACUGACCACCUUCGACGGGUUGCCUUACGGCACCCGCAACCCCACCCACUGCUCUGCGGAGUCGCUGAGCGUCGUCGACGUAGAGGCGUUCCUGUACUGCGCUGCGAUGUGCGCCGACGACGCCCCCCAACCGUACGAGAGGGACCGGCCCCGGGUGAUGCCGGCGGCGGUGACCGCCGCCCUCGGCACCCCCGACCAGGCCAAGUUCGUCGAGGCCGCUCACGCGAUGGGCGGCGCCGCCGGGGGCGGCCCCGUCGCCGGAGACGCGCGCCGCCUCCUCAUGAAGGGCAUCGAGGUGGUUCGGUGCGUGGGGAACCACGGCCUCGACGUCGCCAUGUUGGUCCGUCUCGGCGACGCGUUCGCUCGGCGCGCCGAGAAGCGCGCCAAACGCUCGGAGGCGGAGGCGAACGAGGCGCGCGCCGAACUCUACUGGAACGCGGCGUUGCCGCUUCUCGAGAGGCUGAAGAAGCAGCGCGCGGUCUCGUACCCCCCUUGCCGCCUGUUCGAGUACCGCGGCAGGGAAAUGGCGGCCGCGGAGGUCGCGGCGCAGAUCGAGCGCGCGAACCUCUUCGUCGGCGAGCAGCUCGCCAAGCGCAAGGAGUUCGAGCGCGCGUGCGCCAUCUUCGAGACGCUCCGCGAUCCCUACGCCAGUUUCCACCAGGCCCGGAUCUACGUGAAGAUGGCGGACGAGUUAACCGACGAAGACGGCGCCGCCACCCGCGCUUUGCUGACUCGCGCACGCGACUGCCUCUAUCUCACGCUGGACCGCCUCCGCGACCCUCUAUGCGACCGCGACCAUCCCCUCAACGCCCGGUUGGCCGCCGAAAUCGACGAGACGGAGCGGAAAUUGGCCCGGCUCGACCCCGACGGGCGUAGCGACGACGACGAUGACGACGACGGCGCGGAGCGUAGCCCCGUCUACGUGGACGCUCGCGCGAGUUUCCGCACGCAGUCGACGCCGCUAUCGCGCCGAGAGGCUCGUCCCAGCCCCGAGCGUUUGGACGCGCAACUGCGUCAGAUGGCGGCCGCGAGGGACGCCGUAGUCGGCGGCCUCGUCGAGCAAAACAAGACGGUGGCGGAGCUGCAACGGGGCCUCCUCGAAGAGUUUCGCGGUUUCAAGGACGCGGUUAAGCGACUCUCGGGCGCCGUCGACGAGCAGGCGCGCACGUUCCGCGAGUGCCUCGACGACCUGAAGCAGAAUGUCGGCGACGUGGUGCGCGAGCUCAAGCUGGAAAUCCGCGAGCUGAAGAAGGACCAGCAGAAGAACACAGUGCAGCUCAGCGACGAGGACCUGUUCGGGCUCGACCUCGACUACAACGUGAAUCCGCAGCCGCAGCCGCCGCCGCCGCCGCUGCUCUACCCGUCGCCGUAUCACGCGCGGAUGCCGCCUCCGCCGGCGGCCGCUCUCUAUCCGAGUCUCUACCCGGGCCUCGCGUACGCCUACGGCGGCCUCGGCCUGCCGCCGCCGUUCCUCGCCGCCCCCGAGCAGCAGCUGCAGCAGCUGACGGCGUUGACGCAGCUCGCGCCUCCGCCGCCGCCGCCGGCGACGCUCGCGCCGCAAUCCCCGAAACCGUUCGCGACGGGACGAGCGCCGCCCCCCGUCAACGUCGUCAUCACGUCGUCGGACCCGCUGCCCGCGGCGACCGCCGCCUCCGCCGUCGCGAAGCCGGUACUGUCGGUGACGAUCCCGCCGCAGCACAUCAAGCAGCCGCACGGCUACCAGAUCCCGAUGCCGACGACGACGUCGACGCUCGCGGCGCCCGCCGUCUUGCGCGAGCCGCCGCCCGCGAUCGCCACCCAGAGCCUGCUGACGAACGUCGCGCCGCCCCCGAUAUCGGCGGUCACGCCGCCCUCCAAGAACGUUACGCUCGGCGUCCAGAUCGAGAAGACGCUCGACCGCACCUUCAGUCCCGCGAAAGAGGCGGACCCGACGGACGCGGAGUACGACCCCAGGCCCGACUUUAAGCCGAUCGUGCCGUUGCCGGCCGAGGUGCCCGUCACCACCGGCGAAGAGAACGAGACGGAGCUGUUCCGAGGUCGCGCCAAGCUGUUUCGCCUCGUCGCCGACGGGACCGCGUCCGAGUGGAAGGAGCGCGGCGUCGGCACGCUGAAGAUCCUCUUCGACCCCGAAACGGGCAAGGUGCGGCUCAUCAUGAGACGCGAGCAGGUGCACAAGGUGUGCGCGAACCACAUGAUCGUCGAGACGACGACGGUGACGCCGAUGGGCGGGAACGAGCGCGCGUGCGUCUGGGCCGCCCACGACUACGCCGACGGCGCCGUCGUCCUCGAGAAAUUUUGCGCCAAGUUCAAGACGGCGGAGGAGGCGGUCGACUUUCGCGCCGCCUUCGAUUUGGCCAAGAGCAAGAUACGGCCCGCCGCGGACUCGCCGAAAAAGUCGCUCGGCGGGUUCGUGUUUACGGCGCCCGUGGCGGUGAAGGAGGGGGUGGAGAAGAAGAAGGAGGAGGAAACAGAGCCGCCGCCGCCGUCCAAGCCGAGCCCGUUCGCCAACUUUAGCUUCGGCGACGCGUUCAAGCCGAAGGCGGGCUCGUGGGAGUGCCGCAACUGUUACAUCGUCAACGGCGCCGAAGCGUCCAAGUGUCCGGCCUGCGACUCCCCCAGGUCCCCCGUGGCCGGCUUCGGCGACGCUUUCAAGCCGAAAGCGGGUUCGUGGGAGUGCGCGCAGUGCCUGGUGCGCAACGACGCGACCAACGCGCGUUGCUUGUCGUGCGACCACUCGAAAGAGGGCGGGGCUCCGGCGCCCACGCCCAAAGGCGUCGACCUGACCACGCCCGGCCUCAAGUUCACGUUCGGCGUGCCGGCGCCGCAACCGUCCGCCCCCGCGGCGUUUUCGUGGAAGCCGGCGCCGACGGAGUCGCCCAAGACCACCGAGUUCGUGUUCGGAUCGCCGCAGAAGCGCGAGUUCGAGUUCAAGCCCAAGUCGCCGCGGCGCGUCAGCGAGGCGCGAGAAGAUGGGGACGCCGAGGAACCGGUGGAGGAGGAGGAGGAAGAGGACACGAUCUAUUUCAAGCCGGCGGUGCCGUUGCCCGACAAGGUGGAGGUGCGCACCGGCGAAGAGGACGAGGAGGUGGUGCACCGCGAUCGCGCCAAGCUGUUCCGCUUCGCGGACGGCGAGUGGAAGGACAGGGGCGUCGGUGACGUGAAGAUCCUGCGCGAGAAGGCGGGCGGGAAGCUGCGCGUGGUGAUGAGACGCGAGCAGGUGCUCAAGGUGUGCCUCAAUCAUCGUCUCACCAAAGACGUCGAGUACCGCCCCAAGGACGAGAAGACGUGGUUGUUCCACGCGGCCGACUAUUCGGACGGCGCCGUCAGCAACGACCAGUUUUGCGUGCGGUUCAAGAGCGCGGAGGCGGCGCGCGCCUUCAAGAAGGCGGCCGAGGACGCGGUGCGCGUCGGUGAAGACGUCCCGGCGACGGACGAUUCCGACGUCGAGUUCGUGUCGGAGACGAAGGUGAGCGAAGAGGAGGAACGGGAGGCGGUCCGGCUCGGAUUACCGCCCAAAUUCUUCGCGUACCGCCAACGGCCCGACUGCCGCUGCGCCCAGUGCCUCAAGGAGGACGAGUACCUCAAGGAACUGUUUAUGGAGACGAAGAACGCGCCCAACCUGGAGGAGCUGCUGCGGCAGCCGCCCAAAACGGCGUUCACGUUCGGCGCCGCCUCCAAGGCGACGUUCUCGUUUACGCCCGGCCAGCCCAUCUUCGGCUUCUCGCCCAAGCUUAACCCGUUCGGUGACGCCGCCAAAACUUCCAACCUUUUUGAUAGUCCCAAAACCACACCGAAGACGAGCACCAUAUUCGGUACCACCGGCACCAACAUUUUCGAUACGACCGCCCCCGAAACCACAAACGGCGCCGCGACCCCCAAAACUAGCUCACUUUUCGGUAGUACCGCCGCCAAUAUUUUCGGUAGCCCCCCCCAAACGGUAAACAGUGCUACCGCGCCGAAGACGAACACCAUAUUCGGCACCACCGCGACCGACAGUCCCGCCUCGUGGAACCUCUUCGGUACCGCCGGCAACGAUAAUUCAAAAAGCACCGCUACUCUCGAUACGACCGCCUCCACGGAUAAUCCCGAAACCACCAACGCGAGUUCCGUUUUCGGCGGUACCGCCGCCAAUAUUUUCGGUACCGCUCCCCAAAUGGUAAACAGUGCUACCGCGCCCAAGACGAGCUCUAUAUUCGGUCCCACCGGUACCGGCAGCUCAAAAUCCACCAAUAUUUUCGACACGACCGCCCCCGCCGAUAAUCCAGAAAGCACAAACGGUACCGCCGCCGCGAAAACGACCUCCGUUUUCGGCGGUACCGCUGCCAAUAUUUUCGGUACCGCUUCCCAAACGAUAAACAGUGUUACCACGCCAAAGACCAGCACCGAAAGUGCGAAAACCACCACGAACGACGCGCCCGCCCCCGCCAAGCCGAACAUCUUCGCCGACGUGGGAUCGAAGGGCGGCCCGUUCGGCGCGUUGACCGGCGUCGGGGGCAGCAUAUUCGGCAGUCCGACGCCGGCCGCGUUCGGGGGCGGCAAAACCGACGGGCCUGUACUCAAGUGCGACGCGGGGUUGUCGUUCGCAUCGCUGGCGGCGCGCGCGGGACCGGAAGCGCCGCCCGCUUUCGCCGCCCCCCAGGACGAAAAGGCGACUCCGUUCGCGUUCCUGGGGGCGGGCGCACCCGUCUUCGGCUCGGCCAAGAAGCGGGACGACGAGGAAACGACGACGGCGGCCGACGAAGACGGCGGCGGCGGCGACCACGAUCCCCACUUCGAGCCGAUCGUGCCGCUGCCCGACCAGAUCGUCGUCACCACCGGCGAGGAGGACGAAACGCCGCUGUUCAACGAGCGCGCCAAACUGUUCCGUUUCGACGGCGACGCCGCCGAGUGGAAGGAGAGGGGCGUCGGCCAGAUGAAGGUCCUCUUCCACCCGAGAGACAAGACGUACAGGCUGCUGCUGAGACGCGAGCAGGUCCACAAGGUCGUGCUGAACCAGAGGAUCGCCGCCGAGACGGACCUGCAGCCGAUGGCGACGUCCGAUAAGGCGUGGAUCUGGGUGGGGUACAACUACACGGACGACGCGCAGGGUCUGGAAAAGCUCGCCGUGAGGUUCAAGAGCGUCGAGCUCGCGGACAAGUUUAAAAAGGCGGUGGAGGAGGCGGUCGCCAAGGUCGGCGAGUUUCAAGCCGCCAAGCCCGCAGAGGAAGAGGAGGACGAUGACGAGGAGGAGGAAGACGACGACGACGACGACGAGGACGUCGAGCGGUCGGUGAUGUUUUCCAAACGGUGCACGCUGAGCGAGGAGUCGUCGACGACGCCCGGCACAUGGACCAAGGUCGCGAUGGGCGACCUCCAGGUGUACUACGACACGGAGAUUUACGCGGCGCGGAUCGCCGUUACCGACGACCAAGGCGUCGUCUACACCAACACCCUUAUCGGGAUGAACACCAUAAUGGAGACCGGGAAGAACGAGUCCCGGUGGAAAGCGGUCGAGUGGGCGGACGGCGUCCUCCGCUGGCGCCACCUGAAGGCGACGUUUAGCAGUCCGCAGGCCGCGGAAGAGUUCCACUCGUCGUACCUGGAGGGGUUGAACUACGCGGAAGAGAUCGGCCUGCUGGACGAGAUGCCCAACGAGCACGAUCGCGAAGAUCAAUGAGCGUUUUAGUAGUAUAUGUUUAGAUUUUCUUGAUUCAUUUAAUAUAAUCUUUCCUACUUAAAGCGGUGUUUUUUUUUUGGCCAACAAAACGUUCAAAAAUCAAGAAAUCGGUAUUUUGGAUCUCCAAGUAAAAUUUUUAAAGGAAAAUCCUCAAAACUCGUCUACUCCCUAAAACGGAUAUAUUUCUGGAUAACCAACAGCCGAAUAAAAAUUUCAAAGACCAUAAACCUUGGAAAAACUACGAAACUCUUCCACACCCUAAAGCACCUAAUACGGACAUUUCUGGAUAAGCAUUUCUAUCCAGAAACUAACCAACCAACAGGCGAAUCAAAAAUUCAAAGACUUGGAAAAUCUAUAAAACUUGUCUACUCCUUAAAACACCUAAUAUGAGCAAUUUUGGAUAACCAACAACCAAAUAAAAAUUUCAAAGGCAAAUCCUCAACACUCGUCAACCCCCUAAAACACCUAAUAUGGGCAUUUCUGGAUAACCAUCAGAGCAU